UCCUAAUAUUGUUUUAAAUCAGUAAUGAUUUUUUUCCAAAGUUCCACUUCCAUGUACACAGCAUUUAUGCCGUAUAAAUCCAAUUCUCUUACCCGUAGUCAUGCAGUUAAUCUUAGCUCAACCCGUCCUUCUCCACACUAGCACAAACAACCACCAUUACUGGUAUCACUACAAUAGUACCACAACUUCUGGAAGAACUUUUAACGUUGUCUGUUGCUUAAAAAAAGAAAAUGUUGGAGACUAUACAAGUCUCUCUUCUAUUCAUUCUAAAGAAAUAAUAUCCACGGAUAUGGAUAUGGUGGUUAAGAGCCACAAAAGAACCAUCUCUAGCACCACUAACAUGCCUCUCACGAAGCCAUGCGAUGACAUUGGCAUUGUUAGUUAUCUUCGAGGCAAGAACUAUCUUAUCGCAGGUGCUACUGGAUUUCUAGCCAAAGCUUUUAUUGAGAAGAUAUUACGCACAGUGCCUGACGUGGGGAAAAUCUUUCUCUUGAUUAAGGCAAAGGAUAAGAAAGCUGCAAUUGACAGACUCAAAAUUGAAAUUUUAGACUCAGAACUUUUCAAGUGCUUGGAACAAAUGUAUGGGGAAUCCUUUGAGGAUUUCAUGAUAAGGAAGCUGGUCCCAGUAGUUGGGAAUGUUUGUGAAUCCAAUCUAGGGAUGGAUCCCUGUACAGCUAAUGAGAUCGCAAAAAAAGUUGAUGUGAUCAUAAAUUCAGCCGCCAAUACAACUUUUGAUGAAAGGUAUGAUGUUGCUCUCAACACAAACACAAGAGGACCUUCUCGGCUCUUAGGUUUUGCAAAGAGGUGCAAGAAACUUGACCUUUUCUUGCAUAUAUCAACCGCAUAUGUCAAUGGGGAGAGACAAGGAUUAAUUAUGGAAAAACCUUUCCACAUGGGACAGACAAUAGCAGAGAGAAGUGCCACCUCAAAAACCCCACCAGUAUCUAUCCCAGUACUGGAUAUUAUUGCUGAAAUAGAGUUGGCUUCAGAUUUGAAAUUAUGUGCGCAUGAAAAUGAUGUUGCUCAAAAGAUGAAAGAAUUGGGUCUGCAAAGGGCAAAAACCUUCGGAUGGCAAGACACUUACGUGUUCACUAAGGCCAUGGGUGAGAUGCUAGUAAAUAGCCAGAGAGGAAAUAUUCCAGUAGUCAUCAUUCGCCCUACUAUCGUUGAGAGUACCUAUAAAGAGCCUUGCCUUGGAUGGAUACAAGGAAACAGAAUGCUAAAUUUGGUGAUCAUAUCUUAUGAUAAAGGCCAGCUCACAGGAUUUAUUGGAGACUCAAAAACAAUUAUAGAAAUGGUUCCUAUUGACAUGGUUGUCAACGCGUCCAUAGCAGCCAUAGCAAAACAUGGGAUUGCUGCGAAACCAGGGUUAAAUGUCUACCAUGUUGGGUCAUCUACUGUAAACCCGAUUACGUUUAAGGAUUUAGUCAAGUUUUGUUACGACCACUUCACUAGUUCUCCGUUGAUGGACUCAAAAGGAAAGAACAUCCACAUCACUGAAUUUAAGUAUUUUAGCUCAAUGGACAGUUUUUCCUCUUACAUUUCUGAUGAAUUAGCUCAAAGAAGUGCACUAACGGAUGCAACCGUUUUAGACACUAAGCUGCGAGGUCAGCUGGAAAUGAAAUCCAAGAAGAAAGCGGAGCUUAUUCUUCACAUGGCUCAGUUAUAUUGGCUCUAGAAACGGCUUUGAAGGUGGUCUCUCAAGCACAGUAGGUAGGGUGCCCCAGCUCGUUUGAGUGAGGGAGAGAAGCGGAUGGAUUAAGAAAAGAGUGAGGGGUGAGAAAGGAGAGGGCAAAUCAAAUGUAGAAUUGAUUGUUAUAUAUUUAUCUUGAAUCAGGGUAAAAUUAAUUAAAGCUUGUAGUACUCUUUACAAGUCCAACGUGUUUUUUCAAUCCAUAACAUGAUGAACCAUACAUCACCUUUGUGUUUGCUCAAAAUUCUCUUUCUGCUUAAUUCGCAAAUGUUUUUAAUUAAGCCUUGACAUUGUUGUAGCUCCUCUGUUACUUACUAAUUUGUUGAGCUAUGAUCUGCUGCCAGGUUUGGCAAUCGUAAUACCCAGAAAUUGAUGGAAGACACGUCCUUAGAAGAAAUGAGGGACUUUGGAUUUGAUUAUGGGGCAUAAAUU